AUGGAGCAAUUAGUUUCUUUACUUUAAAAAAGGCAACUCUAAAAAGAAGAGAGAUUAAAAGCAUUGAUUAAAAUUAUUGAUAAAAGAAUUGUAUAAAAAUUGUACAAUUUGAGAAACUAAGCCUAUAUAAAAAUUAAAAACUUCAAAAUAGCAAAUCGAAACAAUGUCAAAUUAAUUUCUGAUAAAGAUGAUGAAACAAGUACAUCCUAAAUAAAUAUUUUAAAUACAAAUCAAUUUAGAGAAGCAUUAUAUUAAUUGUAAAAUUACAACCUUGUGUAAUUGGAAAUAUUAAAAAAAGAAACUUUUUGCAGAAUGAUUUAAAUUUUUUAAAAAGGAGUAAAUCAUCAUUAUCGACAUUUAUUAAUGAAACUUAUGAAUAAAAAUUCAAGAAAAAUAAUUCCAUUUUUAAAAAUCUUUGCUUAUAGAUUUAAUUAUUAAUCAAGAUUUCUGAAAAUCUUAUAAAAGUUUUAGAGAAAUAGAGAAAUGUCAUUAAAAAAAGAAAUGAAAAAAUAAGAAGCUAUUUCUAAGUUUGUUAUGGCUUUAGAAAAUAAAAAAUUAAAUUGUUUUUGUUAUUGGAAAAGAAAAUUUCAAAUCAAUUAAAAUGAGACAUCUUAAAAUGAUAUUAAGAAAUAAAAUGAAUUUAUAUAACUAACAUUUUAAAUUGUUGCUCUAUUAACUAAAUAAAAAUUUAAAGUUCUUUCAAAUGCAUUCAUAGAAUUAAAAAAGAAUGAAUAAAGAAAUGCUUAAAAAAUUGCAAUUAUAUUUAAUUUUAAAAUCCUAUUAAAAAGACUGUUGUUAAAAAAUCUUUCUUUUUCAUACAAUAAAAUCAUUUGUUACAAAAGAAAUAAUAAGGGAUCAUAAUGUGUAAAUGUUGAUAUCAUAAAAAAUUUAGUAAUUUCAAUUAUUUAAUAUUUAGUCUGUAAUAUCAAGCAAACUUAAUUCAUGUCUGAAUCAAGCACAUCAAAAAUAUCAGAGAAAAAGAAGAAACUUGAUUAUUUAUAAAUAUUUAUCUAAGAUAAAUAUGAAUGAAGAUUAAAUGAUAAGUAAAUGUUUUAUGAGAUGGAAAAGAAUUUUAAACUAAUUUAAUUUUUAAAUGAGAAUAAAAAUUAUUUAAUAAAGUAAAGAACUUGAAGAAGAUUAAUAAUUAUUAAUUUAAUAAUACAAAUAAUUAUCUAUUGAAAAUUCAGAAUUACAAUAAAGGUAUCAACAAGUAUAAACAUAUUUUCAUACUCCAACUGGUUUAUCGGUAAAGAAAUCAGAAACAAAAUAAAAUUAAUAAAUUAUUUAAGGGCAAUAAUAAGUAUUUUAGUUGUAAUCAUAACAGUAAGAAGCAUUUUGGGAUGAAGAGAUAAUGUAGAAUGAAGAUUAUUCUCCAGAAUUUGUAGAAAACAUAGAAAAUUAAAAUGUUGAAUUAAAAUAUAAGAUUGAAGAAUAAUAAGCUAAACGAAAUAAGUAUCUAGAAGAAUUUUAAAAUAGAAAAUAAGUAAAAAAUAAAAAAAUAAUAUUUUUAGGAAUUAUUGCAAUAGAUUGCUUUAAAGAAAUAAAUGUAAAAAGUUUAAUGA